UCGCUCACACAAGAAGCGGCGCUGCGCAGGAGAUCAGAGCCUGCAAUACAGCUGGAGUGAACUCUGCCUUCAGCUCACAGCGAGCGCGCCCCAGGCUGUCGACCGGCGCUGCAGGGAUGGAGCCCGCCGCCGCCGCCGCCGCCGCCACGUCCUGCCCCCAGGUGUCGGGGGCGGCCCUCGCGCUGUUCUCGCAGCUGCUGGGCACGCUGACGGCGCGCAUGUGCUCGCUCGCCGACCCCGCCUCCCUGCCCCCGGACGCCGCGCCGAGCCUGCGCGCCGCCUACGACGCCGUGGUGGUGGGCGGCGGCACGGCGGGGGCGGUGGUGGCGGCGCGCCUGGCGGCGGCGGGCUGGAGCGUGGCGCUGCUGGAGGCGGGCGGCGCGCCCCCGGCCUCCUCGGUGGUGCCGGGGCUGCUGUUCUCGCUGCAGGGCUCCGACAUGGACUGGGGCUACCGCGCCGAGGCGGCGGAAGGUCUGCACGGCGGCCUGCAGGAAGGGCGGGUGCGCUGGCCGCGAGGCAAGGUGCUGGGCGGCAGCAGCGCCAUGAACGCCAUGCUGUACCUCCGCGGCACCGCGCGGGACUUCGACGACUGGGCCGUUCUGGGCAACCCGGGCUGGGCCCACGAGGACCUCCUGCCCUUGUUCCGCCGGGCGGAGCAGACGCAGCCGGUCGGCCCCUUCAACAGCGACGAGCCCGUCAAGAGGCUGGUGGUGGAGGCCGCGAGGGAGCUCGGCUACCCGGAGCUGGACGAGCUGGAUGGCCGGGAGGGGUGGGGCGAGGCCCCGGGGACGCUGCGCGACGGCGAGCGCUGGAGCGCGGCGCGGGCCUUCCUGGGGGCCGCGAGGAACCUCAGCCACCUGCACGUGGCGCGCUACUGCCGGGCCACGAGGAUCCUGCUGGACGAGGGUGCCUCGCGUGCCACCGGGGUGCAGUUCCUGCGCGACGGCCGGCUGGAGACGGUGCUGGCGCGGCGAGAGGUGGUCGUCAGCGCGGGCGCCGUCGGCUCGCCGCAGCUGCUCAUGCUGUCGGGGCUGGGCCCGCGCAGCCACCUGCAGGAGGUCGGCGUGCCGCCCCUCGCGGACCUGCCCGUGGGAGACCACCUGCAGGACCACGUGGUGUUCACCGGGGUGCUGGUGGAGCUGCCGCCGGGCGCGGCGUCGCCCCGCGCCGACCUGCUGGACGCCAGCUACGAGUACCUGGCGCGCCGGCGGGGCCCGCUCGCGCACAUCGGCGCCACGGACCUGCAGGGCUUCGCCAGCUCGUCGCUGUCGCCGGGGCGGCCGGACCUGCAGUUCCACCACGUGCUCUUCAGGCACGGCGACGAGCUGCUGGCGCGCGGCUUCCUGCACGCCACGGGCUUCGUGCCGCAGGUGGCCGAGCAGCUGCUGCAGGCCACGCGCAGGGCCGACGUGCUGCUGGUGGUGCCCACCUUGCUGCGCCCUAGCAGCCGCGGCGAGGUGCGCCUCAGCAGCGCCGACCCGCUGGCCGCCCCGCGCAUCUCGCCGCGCUACCUCGACCACCCCCGGGACGAGGACGUGCUGCUGGAGGGCGUCAGGCUGGUGCUACGGCUGGCGGGCACGCGGGCUUUCGCGCGCGUCGGGGCCCGCGCGCGCGGCUACGAGCUGCCGGCCUGCCCGCCCGCCGACUCCCUGUCCGACGACUACUGGAGGUGCGCGCUGAGGCAGCUGGCCACGACCCUGUACCACCCGGCGGGCAGCUGCCGCAUGGGGCCAUCCGCCGACGGCGACUCCGUGGUGGACCCGCGCCUGCGCGUGCACGGGGUGCGCGGGCUGCGCGUGGCCGACGCCUCCGUCAUGCCGGCAGUCGUGAGCGCCAACACCGCCGCCACCUGCCUCGUCAUCGGCGAGAAGGCGGCCGCACUGAUCCUGGACGACUGGGCGCGGCCGCGCGACGAGAUGUGACGCCCCGACCACCUGUCCACGCGUGCCCGACGUCAUUACUAGAGACCCGGGAAUUUCGCGAAUUCGUCUGGCCUCAGGGUCAGUAGCGGAUCCAGAGGGGGGGCUAAGGGGCUCAAGCCCCCUCCAAAAGCAUCUGGGUCCACUAUUGUUUUAGUGUUUGCCUUGAUAAAGCCUAGUCUCAGCUGGGUCAAGCCCCUCCCAAACCAAAAUCCUGGAUCCGCCACUGCUCAGGGUAGAAUUCAAAGUCAUAGGUGUGUUAAACCGAUGUUUUGCUUAUCCAUUGGUUGAUUUCUUAGUGAGAACAGUUUUAUACUUGUUAAUUGGCACCAGCUGAUUCGCUUACUUCUCUCCUAGCCGGGCAUCUUUGGCUCAUGGUCGUAGAGGGGCGUGUCCGCAAACAACUGCGGUCCAAUCAUGAACACAGUGCGAGAGUGCGAAGGUUUUCAUUCUAACUUACGACUAAAUGAAUGCGCGAAAUUUCCGUAUCUCUAGUCAUUACACUCAGUUCAACUUUUUAUCAGAAUUGGGAGAAGGGAGAAGGACCCUCUGAAUUUGCCCUCUGAUUGGGCGGUGACCAUGCAGGUAUUAUACUACAUUUUUUAUUGGUUAGCCCAUGGUCCUGUCCAUGCUUGUGGGACGCUUAGAACAUAGGGUGAAGUCUAGUUCUUGCAUUGCUGUAUUGAACGAUAGUAAUUGUAAUUCGUACUUUAAAAAAACAAUCAAAAAGCACGGUGAAGUGCCAUUUCUGCAAUGUUUUGGGCGUUGCAAUAAAGCGACGGUGAGGUAAAAGGUGACUUCAAUAACACCACAGCAUACCAACUCCGUGGUUUAAGAUCUAGAAGCACAAGAGUACUAAGGGCAACAUUGGCUUUUCAUUUCGCAUGCCUCUUCGCAUCUACGAGCAAGGCAGUAGUCUAUAUUGUAGUGUAUUUGAAUAAAGAAUUUCUCUGGGACUUUGAGAGACGACCCCGUUAAUAUUGAGGCUCCCUGUCAUCACUUACACCGCUCAAGAUACUGCAGUGCACUGUUAUAUUUUUUGUAAAUGGAACAUAAGCAUUGAUGUAAAUUACAGAUAUUUGUACAUUUACAUGAAAACAACUGUAUUACUACAAAUUAGUGUUUGCAGUAAUGCUGGGUUCUGAUUCUUACCCAGGAAUUUAUGUUUUUGUGUCAUCCCAGUAUCUUCAAUAGUUAGUUAUUUGGAAACUGUUCCCUAAAUAGCUUUCUAGUAUUAACAGAGCACACUACUUAGUAUAAUAAAACAAAACAAAAAGGUCCAGUUAUUGAAUAUUUGGUUAUCUUUUCCAUUGUUUAAUACAUUAUGCUUGAACGAAACACCAAUUAAAAUAUAUAAUUGUGCGCCAAUUUUUGUAAGAAGCACUCAUUAUUAUCUCGCAAAUAGGUGCAAAAAUAACCAUAGCAAUGUGUUGUACAAAAAAUACAAUAUCUUUCUUGUAGUAUUACAAACUAUUUCUUGGUAACUGGUUUCCAAAUGAAUCUUAUUCAAAAGUAUAGAAAAAAAAAAUCUUUCUGUGUGCCAGUCCUGGAGACAGGCUGGACUGCCUAAUACAGCUGCUUUAAGCCUGAAGUUACACACUUAUACGCAAUUGUCCCCUGAAGUGUUAUCACAAAGUCUGUCUGAACUGGAGGUGAAGUAUGCAAGUGUGCGAGUAUGCGAAUAUGUGUCUCACAUACUUCAGGGUAAGGAAACGUCGCUAUUUUUUAAAAGAAAGCGUUUUGUAGGUAUAUAUACAAGAAUAUAUAAAUUUUGCAAUAAAAAAAUGGUAAAAUCUAUUUUACUUAACUAUUUACCAGCAGUAACAAAGUAAAUUAAAUAUUUAUAUAUAUACAUGUAUGUUAACAGGUGUAGUUUAAACAAAUACACACACAUAUCGUAUUUUACGUCAUAAAGAUAGAAACUUAAAUAGAGUGAUAUAGAUCCGCGUGUUUCAGCAAAACAUUUCUCACAAGAUAAUUUUUUAAAUUGAGAAUAAAUAAAAGUUAACCUGCUUGGCCCGCUAAUACAAUUUAUUUGUAGAGCCUAGAUAUAAACGGUGGAUUUGCUCCAGUACAUCACAAGGGCAAGAAAUGUACGCUUGACUACAGUCGGUUACAACCUUAAUGUCCGUCAGCUCAGGGGAAAAUGUAGUGAAUGUUACCCAACACUAUAAAACUGACUCUUUAAUAUUAAAUGUAAUUUUCAUAUCACGGGAUUCGCUAAACCGAGAAAAUCUCAUCUAAUUUCAACAGUAUAAAUAAACAAUUUUCUUACAUUAUGAUGAACUAACUCUUUUUAUUAAUGUUUAUUAGAUUUUGUUUAAAAAAAUCUGCAAUUACAUGCACUUGUGUAACCCAAUGGACAAAUAUUAAAUGAAUAAAAUUAAUGAAUGAAACAACUUGCUGUAUCUCAUAUUAUUUUGAAAACGUGAAACAUCUCUAAUUUCAUGCCUAGGCUACAUAGAAUAAAAUGAUUUAGCAGGGAAAAUAUCGAACAGGACAUGUAUUAGUUUUCUAGUUGCAAAUGUUUUUCAGUAGUACGAGGUGUGUAAAUAAGUAGGUAACGAGAUUGGCAACGUAGCGUUCGAUCUGGCAACGCUGGGGACUCGGGACUUGAAGAGGUGACAGAUGAACGUGUUAUACACUUUCAGUACAAGUUUGAACCCGCUAAGAGUCAUUUUGUUUUUUUUCUUUCGUUAAACAGUUUUUUUUUCUAGUAUGUUCUAAAAAUGAAUGACGCCAGUUUGAAACAACGGUGUGCUAUAAGGUUUUGCUCCAGACUUGGGCACAGUGCAACGAAAACAUUUACAAACUUCGGCAGGCAGAAUUUUAUAGAGGGCCCUGGUUAACAAUAAACGAGUUUUCGGCCAGUAAAGACAUUCAUGUGGCUCCUCGGCCUCCUUAUUCGCCUGACUUGUGACCUUGUGACUUUUUUUCUCUUUCCGAUAUUGAAAAAUCACCUCAAAGGACGUCAUUUUGGGACACUCGAAUACAUUCAAGCUGCUGUAACCAACCAGCUGAAGCUAUUUCAGCAACCGAGUUUCAGCACUCCUACGAAGACCGGAAGAACCGUCUUCAGCACUAUGUGGUUUCUCGGGGAGGUUAUUUUGAAGAAGACAAUAUUGAAUUGUUAUUCUAUAAGAAUAAACUUUGGGGGAAAAAUG